UCGCUGGAGGGGCCCUCUCCUUCCGCUGUGGUGCCGGAGGCUUCUCUGGGGCAGCUAUGGCGCCUCUUGGAGGGUCUGCGGGCUGUUCACCUGAUUCAGGUGUAUGGUCACGCGGCUCUCGCCCAGGGUGUUCCUCUGGAGAGUGGCCAUCAAGACGAGUGCCUAGAUGCCGCUGAUCGGCUGGGCGAGCUCCUUGCGCCCGUGUUGGCUGCGCCCGCGCAGGGUGGAGUUGCGGGCGUUGGACAGCUUGGGACGGCAGUCCGUGGGCUGCGCCGGUUUUUGCGCGCAGGGACUGCAGUCGACUUGAUCGGCGCAACCACUGUGGUGGUGCGCGAGCUUCAUCGCUCGUUGACGGGUCUUCUCGCCGUCCUUGACGCGGAUCAGAUGUAG